CGCGGCUCCACACUCGCGUCGACUUUCCCGCGCCGCAGACGUCAUCCCAAGUUCCGAAUUCAAAAUUUAAAAACAAAUUCUGUUUACUUUUUAAAAAGUGAACCGCAAAUGAGGCGGUAGUUCUGUGAGGUGUGACCAUGAAGGUUCCUGUGGCUGAUUUGGUGUGCUAUGCACUUUUAACGAUAACGGUGACUGCAACAUGUACUGAAGCUGAGAGCACAAACACACUCGCACUCACACAAGAUAAAGAGAAGCGGAUAUCAAAACGUGAGACAACGUUACUAAUAGACAACUACCCAGUGGAAUCCAAAGUUAAGCAGCCAAAGGUCAUAUACAGAAGAGUAUCAAGAUACCCCCCUUACCGAAGAACUAAGCCUAAGUAUGGAAAAUCUGGUCCCAAAUAUAAGUCAGUGAAACACAAAGGCUACCAAGGCAAAAGAGUGACAUACAGACAUGCCCCAGCCACAAAACCUAAAAAGGGCAGAUAUCCACCCCGAUAUUCUGCCCCGAAAAGAGUACCCGUGAAACACUCCUCAGCUGUCAAGAAAAAACCACGUGGCUCCUACAAGAAACCGGCGAUUUACCACCAGGACCCAGCUCCUUACAGACCAGAGCCAGCGCAGUACCCGCCAGAACCAAUAGGCUUCGGCGAACCCCCAGCACACUUCGGCCAAUCAGGACUCGAUACUCCUGUAAAUGACCACGACGUACCUGUCGACUCUUACGGUGCUCCAAUCAAAACACUACCUUCAGCUUCUGAUAACAGAUACGCGUAUAACGUUAUCGCUGCACACGAUGAACUAAAAGCACCAAUAUCAGAUCCGAGUUACCACAGCCAUGAUGUAGGAGGGGACUACAAGACGUGGAACCAUCAUGAAGAAAACUACGAACCUGCCUACGCAUUUUCUAAGAAACACCCAGCUUACACGGCCCACCACAACCACCACGAGCCUGCAGCAGAGAACCCAUACGACGACGACGGUGGCGACACCUACACAUACUUCGGACAGAAGAUGAAAGAAAGCAACAGAUACAAACCCGGAGGCAUCAAAAGUCCCGCACACUACUCCAAGCCUCGAAGGCCUGGAAAGUUAUCUAAUUUAAAGUUGAAGAAUCCGGAACCGACAGUUUACGACGAGGGUGAGGAAUACGAAGGUGUGGAGGAGGAGGACCAUCAUGUAGCUGCUAUUCGUAAUCAUCAUAGUGAUCAUGUAGUGGUCGGGGGGCAGUACGCGGAGCCCCCGGCGCGGUAUGUGCCAAGGUUCCAACCGAGCGCCGCAAUGGCGUCCGACGACGAAGACUUCAGGCCGCCGAGACACGCUGACGCCGACAUGAUGAGCUCAGCCACCGUCUCCUCUUACAUCAACUACAAAAACAGCAAUCUAGCAUUCAGCCCGCAGAAUUUAAACGAUGCAUUUAGUACAUAGUAAGUAGUUUGUAAGGAUUAGGUUAGGUCUUGGAGUAACUUUAAUUUUGUAGCCUCUCUGCGAUCUUGGUACAAACUUAGGAGCUAUGCUCAAGACAAGUUUACCUGCUGUUAGAGGAAAGCAUUUAUCUCAUAUUUAUUUUGAGGGUACAUAGUGCAAUACGUUAUUUACUUACUGUAGUGUUGACUAUAAUAUAGUUAAAUUAAAUAUUUACGAUAAAUUGCU